AUGUUGAUCCGCUUUCAGAGCCGUGAAGGCCAGUUCCGCCUGAAUGUCGAGCCCGACACCGACAUCUCCACCAUCCUCGAGCAAGUUCUCCAAAACCUACCCAAACACACGAUCCCAUCCUCCGUCACCAUUUCCCCGAAGCCCGCAAACGCCGAGUCGAGACCCGUUCAAUCUCUAAGAGGUGUCACAUUUCGCAAACUAGACCUGAGGUAAACUCCAAAAGGAAAGACUGUUCGAGAUGAUACUGAUGGACAUGACAGACACGGUGCGCAGGUCUUCCUCGGCUUCAAGACUGAUGAGCCGGUCGCAAACGGCCAUUCAGCGCCAGCAAACCGCAUCAAUGGUAAGGAAGUCACUCCCGCAGACGACACAGUCAGUGUUGCCUUCAACAAGGCACCGGCCGUCCUCAAGAACCCUUGGGAGACAGUCCAGCAGCUACCCCUGGAUGAUCGGUUAGAUAAGCUCGAUGGAAAGAUCGAGCGCAAGUUGGACCACCGCAUGUGCAGGCAUGGUCCAAAGGGUAUGUGCGAAUACUGCUCGCCGGUCGAGCCCUACAACAAGGAAUACUUGGACGAGCAUAAGAUCAAGCAUCUGUCAUACCAUGCCUAUCUCCGAAAAGUCAACCAGGGUAAGAACAAGUAUGAGUCGGGCAGCUCGUACAUUCCGCCCUUGACGGAGCCCUACUUUCGCGUCAACCCAAAUUGCCCAUCAGGUCAUCCUCCGUUCCCUGCGCAGAUCUGCACCAAGUGCCAGCCCUCGGCCAUUUCUCUUCAACCGCAAGAGUACCGCAUGGUCGAUCAUGUCGAGUUCGGAUCCUUCGAGAUUGUCAACAAAUUUCUGAACUUCUGGAGGCAGAGCGCCGCACAGCGGAUAGGUUUCCUCUAUGGGCACUACGAGGAGUACGACGUCAUUCCUUUGGGUACAAAGGCAGUGGUUGAGGCCAUCUACGAGCCACCACAGGUAAACGAGGUCGAUGGUCUAACAUUAUCAGACUGGGAAAACGAGAAGGCGAUCGAUGAUCUUGCGCAAAUGUGCGGUCUCACGCGUGUCGGCGUUAUCUUCACCGAUCUCAUCAAGCCAGAGGAUUCAGAGGCAGGCAACGCUGUCUGCAAGCGCCACAUCGACUCGUAUUACCUCUCUUCGUUGGAAGUGUGCUUCGCAUCGCGGUACCAAGCGAAGUAUCCUCGACCUUCCAAGUGGAGUGAGACUGGCCAAUUCGGCAGCAAUUUCGUGACAUGUUACGUAUCCGGAGACGAGACUGGCAACAUCGCGAUAUCCGCCUUCCAGGCCUCCAACGAUGCAGUGGAGAUGGUGACAGCGGAGAUCGUUGAGCCAUCAGCAGAGCCAAGUGUCAUGCUGGUCCAGGACGAAGAAGAGGAGAACGAAGCGCUCGGCCGGAAGCGCUACAUUCCGGAAGUCUUCUAUCGUCGCAUCAACGAGCACGGUGCCAACGUCCAGGAGAACGCCAAGCCAUCUUUCCCGGUCGAAUACCUCUUCGUGACUCUGACUCAUGGAUUCCCGAACGAGGGACAGCCCAUGUUCGUGAAGAAUUCGUUCAUCAUAGAGAAUAGAGACAACCUGGGCGAACACGCAGAACCCCAGGAUUUGCAGAAGCAGCUCAAGGGCGGCGCAAAUAGAGUCGCUCUUGAUCAGCCACAGGGCGUUGUGGCUGUGUCCGACUUCCACCUUCUAGCCUUCGUCCAGAAACUCGGUGUCCUCAGUCAGGUAAGCAAUCGCGCCACUGUUUUGACCACUGCUGUACUAACCAUAUGGUAGGACGAACUCAAGCUCCUUUGCGAAGUCGCGACGACGCACGACGCCUCCAAGGGCGCCGCUCUCAUGCAUUCUCCAGGUUGGGCCACUCUCGAAACGAUCCUCGACAUGUAG